AUGGCGCCUGUCGACAUUGAACCUAAGGCGGUGGUCGACUUUGACCAGAAGAGCUUGUUCAUCUCUGCUGCUGCUAUUGCCUUCAAUCCUCUGUUCUGGAACAUCGUCGCGAGACAAGAGUACAACAACAAGCUCCUGACCAAGCUCUUUGGCGGACGCUCCCAGAUUGCAUGCUAUGGUCUGGCAAUCACGAUCUUUUCGCUCGGAAUCUUCCGUGAUCUUCUCUACGAGCGGGCCUUGCGCUUCCAGCCCUCACACCCGUUGCUCGCGUCCGACGCAGUGACCUAUGCCGGGUACGCCCUCGUCGCGUGCGGCAAUGUGCUCGUUCUCUCCUCGACGUGGCAGCUGGGCAUCACCGGCACGUUCCUCGGUGACUACUUUGGCAUCCUGAUGGACAGCAUUGUGACUGGCUUCCCGUUCAACAUCACCGACGCUCCCAUGUACAACGGCUCCACCAUGAGCUUCCUCGGCGCCGCCCUCAUCUACGGCAAGCCCGCCGGCAUCCUGUUGACCGUGUGGGUCUUCAUCGUCUACAAGAUUGCCCUGAGCUACGAAAACCCCUUCACGGCUGGCAUCUACGCCAAGAGAGACCGCGAGCGUGCCGCCGGAAAGGAGACCAAGAAGAUCAGGUGA